UUAUUCAAGCGUUGGAAAAGAGGUCAGCCACGCACCCCCGUGUUAUGACUGAAAACCCCUCUGCAUUAAUCCCCGACGCGCAGAAGUCACGAAAACCUCUUCCCGUCGUCUUGCACCCUGCCACGCGAGUUCUGUGUCAUUUCGUUAUUCUACUUACAAUGUCGGAGAAACCCGAAUUCAAGCUCUUCUACUGGCCUGGGAUGUUAGGAAGAGGGGAGUUCGUACGACUUCUUUUCCUUGAAACACAAACACCUUUCGAAGAUGUGUUUAAAGACAAGAGUUUCGAGGAAGCCAAGCAAAUGGGAUAUGGUAGAGGCCAGAAGCAUUUUGCCUUCCCUGUGAUUGAACACGGUGAUAUCGUGAUUAGCCAAACGCCUGUGAUAUGUCGAUAUCUGGGAAAGAAACUUGACCACGGUAGAUUGUAUCCAAACACGGAGAAAGAUCGUUUACAAGCCGAAGUGCUGAUGGCUGGAGUGGUGGAUGUGGUCGAGGAAGGCUGCAGAGCGUGGCACCCUAUCGACUAUAACGCAGACUACGACUCGCAGAAAGAAGAAGCAAAGCCUUUUAUUGAAUAUUACAAGACAAAGCGACUACCAAGGUGGCUGGAUUUCUUUGAAACUACUUUGAAAGAUAACUACUUGGCGAAUGGAGAGUUAGUGUUCGUGGGAAAGCAAAUCUCCUGGGUUGAUUUUUGCAUAUUUCAUUUUGUUGAUGGGAAUAUGUUUCAAUUUCCUGAGUUGUUUGAUAAAGAGAAUACACAUUUAAAGAAGUUCCAUCAAGCAAUAAGAGAUAGGCCUAAUAUCAAAACCUGGUAUUACUCUGAUGCACGACCUAAGAAUAAUCACACCAUAUUCUAAUUCGUAAUACUCUACAAACAAUGUUGCGUGACCAGUGUGACAUUUCGCUUAGUUCGGAACACUAUUGAAAAUCUGCAACUGGCAAUAAACAGUUUCAGUUAGUAAUAAGUAAUCUAAAUAUUUCUGUGUAAGUAAUUUAGAUGUUUCACUAGUCUGAUGCAGGGUCGUAGCCAUCGGUACGGUUGGUGCAGUUAUAACCAGACCACUUUUUACAACCAGAACUACUUUCCUUCUUCAAAGAAAAAUAUCUAUUAUUAUCUGAGAAAAAUCGGACUCUUAAAAAACCGGACUGCUUUCCAAAUGGUGGCUAUGGCCCUGUGAUGUAGCUCAAGUAAGUUACCUUGUUCAUGCUGGAUGCGAAAUCACAUUUGUAUUAUAGAUAGGAAAUAUUUUUUUUCGUUGAUUAAAGUGAAAAACGUUUUUGUCUGGAAA